GCGGAGCGGGCCGGCCCGGGGAUUCCCUCCCCCGCCGCCGAGGUCGCCAUCUUCACCCCCGAGCUCGCCUCGGACGCUGCCGGCCGGGCUCCCGGGGAGCCGCCGGGAGCCUGCGCCGCGCCUUCCCGCUGCAUGUGACGGGCGGGCGGUAGCGGCCUCCUCCGCGGAUCUCGGCUGCGUCCUCCUCCGCCCCCGGCGCGGCGGGGAGGGGGCGCGGGGCGCCCGGCAGCGGGAGACGGAGGUGCCGGGGCGCGGAGGGCACACAAAAGAGCGGGCGCCGCCGUGGGCAGCGGAGAACGUUCCAGGAGAACGUGAAGCUCUGUGGCAUUUAACUCUGAAGCUGGAUAUGCAUUAAACUUUUUUCAUUGCUCUCUAAAAUUGGGGAUAUCUUCACUGAAUAACUUGCUGCUUAAAGAAAGUAACAGAAGUUGGGAAAUUCAGGUUCACGUAACGCUAGGGACCAAAGAAGCAUUCGUAAUAUUUCUCUGGUGCUGGGAUCAACCUUCUGGAAGAAGACUCUAAAAUAACUUUUUGCCUUCAAGUUCUUUGUCCUGGGACUGACUUGUCUUUGGAGAAGAGCUCAUCCGAAAAGAAAAUUUUCACAUUGGAGCCAUUAAAAAUAAACCUGUUCAAAGAACAGGCAGACUUACAAAGGUUGAGUCCUGCUUUUCAUCUGUGUUCCCACUUCAGACUGUAAACAAUGAGUGAGUUUUGGUUGUGUUUCAACUGCUGUAUUGCAGAACAGCCUCAGCCUAAAAGACGACGGCGGAUUGAUCGAAGCAUGAUUGGGGAGCCGACAAACUUUGUUCACACAGCUCAUGUAGGAUCUGGAGACCUGUUCAGUGGAAUGAAUUCAGUCAGCUCAAUUCAGAAUCAGAUGCAAUCCAAGGGAGGCUAUGGUGGUGGCAUAUCUGCAAAUGUUCAAAUGCAACUCGUAGAUACAAAGGCAGGAUAACCUUGGGGAUAACUUUCCUGUUUAUGUGAGUUCCUGUAUCUUCUUUCCUGUGUCCUCUCUUUUGCCUUGGUGACUGCUUUCUGUGCUCAUGACAAGAGAAGUGAUGGCUCAUUGUUCACCCUUCGUGAUUAGUCCAGUGAAAAGUUGCUGUUCUGCUCUGAUGAUGCCACUUAUGAGAUUGGUCCGACUGUGCCUUUCAGUGGCAUGCACGCAUUGGCCUCUAGCAGUAUCAUGGACGUAGAGCUGUGCAAGGGUUAGGAACUCAAGUUUUAAAAAGGAACUCACUUGCCGCGGAAGUUACGUCCAGAUAUGGACAACACUGGACAAACCAGACUAGCUCUAUUCAUGCUAACCUUCUAAAGAUAUACAUUAAAUAACUUUGUUGCCAUCCAAAAGCCAAUUCUACAGAGGCCUAUUGUUAUUUGUCACGUAUGCUCUACUGCUUGGGAAACUUUUCUGCUGUAUUUGCAAUGCUAACAAAACUUCAGUCUGAGGCCUAUACUUUUUUAACCAUUUCCUAAAAACCCUCUAACUUUAUGGAUGCCAACAGAGCUGUUUAGGAUUGGUUGUCGCUUUUUAGUUGUUCUAAGGCACAUUAAAGUACCAAUCUUAACUUUCCUCAUUCCAUUUCCAUUAGAAAUACU